AUGUGGAUUAGUUCAUCAUUGUCACUUGUCGCAAAAGGACUUUCCGUUUUCUGGGGAAAAAAAAACUAUUCUUUCCUUCCAGUGAAUGUGUGUAAAGUCUUUGCACAUGGUAAUCUGAUAACAACUCCUGCAAUUAAAGGAACCAUUCUUCCUGGUAUCACACGAAAGAGCAUAAUUGAUGUAGCUGUAAGCCAAGGAUUACAGGUUGAAGAACGGCAAGUGUCUGUGGACGAAUUGCUUGAUGCUGAUGAAGUGUUCUGCACAGGAACUGCAGUGGUUGUAUCUCCAGUGGGCAGCAUCACUCAUCUCGGGAAAAGGGUAACAUAUGGAAGUGAGGGGGUUGGUCGUGUGUCAAAGCAACUAUAUUCUGCACUUACUAGCCUUCAAAUGGGACUAGCAAAGGAUAACAUGGGUUGGAUUGUUGAGCUAAAAUGA